AUGGCUUCGAAUGCAGCGCCCCCGCUCUCCACCCUGCGGAUCCUCUCGCUCAAUUGCUGGGGCCUCAAGUACAUCUCGGCGCUGCGCAACGAGCGCCUGACGGAAAUCGGCGUCCAGAUCGCCGCCAUAAACCCGCCGCCAGACAUUGUCGGUCUCCAGGAAUGCUGGACGAAGCAGGACUACGAGGCCAUCCGCGAGAAGACGGCCAAGAUCCUGCCGUAUGGGAAGUUCUACUACAGCGGCGUCUUCGGCGGCGGGCUCGUCAUCCUGUCGCGAUGGCCCAUUGAGGAGAGCAACAUGGUGCGCUAUCCGCUGAACGGACGGCCUGCUGCUUUCUACCGCGGAGACUGGUUUGUCGGGAAGGGGGUAGCCUGCGCGCGGAUACGCAUUGGGCCGUCGAAGAGGGACGUCGCUGAGGUGUUCUGCACUCAUCUGCACGCCCCGUACGAACGCGAACCCCACGACUCUUACAUCUGCCACCGCACAGCCCAGGCGUGGGAGAUUACGAAGCUCAUGCGCGCAGCUUCUGAGCGUGGUCAUCUGGUCAUCGGACUGGGAGACUUCAACAUGAUCCCGUUGUCACUCGCGCACCGCAUAAUAGAAACACACGCACCGGUUCGAGAUGUGUGGCGCAUACUACAUCCUGACUCCUCGGUCGGUGCUGCCAAAGACAAAGUGGAACAGCUCCGUGGUGUUGCCAUGCCCACUGCGCACUUCAACAUGACGGAGAAUGGGGCGACAUGCGACAGCGCACUCAAUUCCUGGCGCUGGAACAAAGCACACCAGAAGCGCCUCAAGAGAGGUGAGAACGUGCAGAUCGAGCCUACCGUCGAGGACCCCAGCGCGAAGCGACUCGACUACAUCUUCGUCGGUAGUGGGAAGUAUCGGGAUGCCGAGACUGGGGACGAGACGUCGGAAUGGGAGCUACAGGACACCAAGGUGGGCAUGGAGAUGCGACACCCCACGCUCCACUGCUCACUGAGCGACCACUUCUCUGUCGAAGCAACUCUCACACGGAGCACCGCUGCGCCAUCAGCCGUCCAGGUCAAUCCCUGGGAGCUGCCAGACCGGUACUUGCCCAUCGAGACGUAUGACCAGAUCCUGGCAACGAUUCUCAAGUACGAGGUGCGUGAGAGGAUACAGCGCAAGUUGCGCAUAGGCCACUUUUUCUACCAGCUUUCUUUGUCGAUCGGAUGUAUGGUAGGUGUGUGGUGGGCACCGCGCAACUACGUCUCGUUCUUGCUCAUGCUGUUGAGCUCAGUUGGAUUGAGCGUGGGUGUCAUCGACGGGCUGAUGGGGCUCUUGUUCGUAGGGAGUGAGUUGAGGGCGCUGAGAGAGUUCGAGUGGGAGGUCAGGAAUGCUAGGACGCGAGCGCUGGCCGAGCAAGGGAAACCAUCGUUGCAGAUCGACGCCCAGCCCCAGCCCGCCGGCGGCGCCCAACAACAAGCACAACAACUACUCCGAGCCGACGAUAUCCUGCGGUUGCAAUGUCUGGGAGAUGACGAGAAGCAGAAGCACCGUGUGGUAAUGCAGAGCCUGUGGGGCAUGACACAGCAGCACCCGCAAGGUAGCACCGAAUACGCUCAGGCGCGUCAAAAGUUGACCGAGUACUCGACACGACUGAUUGCGAGAGAGCGCCAGUAUCGCGGGAAGAUGAGGGCCCAGCAGCAGCAGACGCAGGGCCAGGCGGGUCAGAGUAGUCAACCUGCACAACCAAACACGGCCAUGCAGGAACAGCCACAGCCUCCCAAUCAGAUGGCAAACAAUGCCAGCGCGCCUCUGCAGAAUCAGAAUCAAGGGCAACAGGCUCAGAACCAAGGCCAGGCGCGGCCGCCAACAGCAAACACCACACCACACGUCGAUCCGUCUAUUGUGAAGCACGUCCACGAAUUCCCCUUUGCGCUGCCACCGGGCGGACCGAACCUGGGCACAGCAGAGGGCGAGGCCAAGCUGAAGGAGCUCAAGUCCAUGUACCUGAAUCUGCUGGCCAAGUCGGCCAACUUCACGACGCAGAUGGGCAAGCUCAACACGCAGAUCCAGGAGCGGCAGAGAGCCGGGCAAGAGGUGCCGCAGGAGCUAUUUGGCGCAAAAGAGCGCGUGGAGCGGGAAUACACGCAGGCCAAGAACCAGGUGGACAAGUUCCGGGCGAUGCAAAAGUCGUGGAAGGAGGAGCGGGAGCAGAAAGAAGCGCAACAGCAGGGGCAGGGACAGCAAUCUCAGGCUCAAGCGCAACCGCAACAGCCGACACCUCAGCACAUGGCACAACAACAGCAGCAGCAACCACCACCACAUCAGCAGCAGCCACAACGCCACCCGAACCAGCCUGUCAUGCCGCCGCAGGGCCAGAUGAACGACGAGCCGCAAAUUAAAAUCGAGGGCGGCCUGGCCGCGCAACCACAGCCCGCGGCGCAAUUCAACAUGCAGCAGCAGCAGAAUAUGCAUCAACAGGCGCCCACGCAUUCACUCCCCCAACAACAGCAUCAGCAACAGCAACAAUUCCCCCGCCAGCCACCCGCGCCACACGCGCAGCAAAUGCCGCCAAACCAGAACCAGCAGUUUGCGCCCGGCCAGCAACAGCAGCAACAGCAACAACAACAGCAGCAACUCCCCCAACAACACCCCCGACCCCAAAUCAACCCCCACCAAGCCAACAACGCACACCAGCACCCACAAAACAACUCCCCCCACCCACAGUCCGCCACCACCGCCGGCCCCCCAGUCCCCCUCUCCCACCAAGCCGCCGUCAGCGCAGCAAACCGCUCCUACACCGACGGCGGCCCCCGCACAAACACCCCCAUGGCCUCCGGCGCGCAACAAGGCAAUUUCCACGCCCCCGGCAGCCGCGAGCGCGAGCAGCUCAACAACCCCAAAAUGCCCAUCCCGCGGCACCUCAACGUCGCCGCCCCGCUGCCUGUCAACAUGGGCCACGCGCGACCUACGAUGAGCGGGCCUACGAAUGGCGCGCCGGGACCAAUGGGGCAGCCUGUUAUUCCGAGGCCGCCGCCGUUUCAACUCGAGGGUGAAGGGGAGAGGGUGCUGAGUAAACGGAAACUGGAUGAGCUUGUGCGCCAGGUUACGGGUGGGGGGGAGGAGGCGCUUACUCCUGAGGUUGAGGAGGCGGUAAUGCAGCUAGCAGACGACUUCGUCGACAACGUCAUCAGCUCCGCGUGUAAACUUAGCAAACUCCGUGAAUCGCCGCAGCUGGAUAUCCGCGAUAUGCAGCUCAUUCUCGAGCGCAAUUAUAAUAUUCGUAUCCCCGGGUAUGCGUCAGAUGAGGUCAGGACGGUGAGGAAGAUUGUGCCGGCGACGGGUUGGGUCGAGAAGAUGAAGGCGGUUAAUGCGGCGAAGGUUAUGGGGGGGAAGACGGAUUUUUAG